AAAUUCAUAAAUAGUUAUUAAACAUGAUACAAAUACCAGCAUUAUCCAUACGGAAUUAAACCAAUGCUGCUGGACCUUUAGAUAAGUUUAUGUCUGUUGUGCACCCGAGACCAGUAUGAUUUCUCGGAAAUGCACGAAUUACAAUACACAAAGCCAUAAACGCCGGAUGAUUGGGAGUGUCCACACUUACUUUAAUACUUACUGAGUGCAUCUCCACAACAGUUUGGUUUGCAUCCCUAGAGCAAGUCACGGCUGGACAAUAAGCAGAGCCUGAGAAAAUCAUGUGCAGCCCAAUGCAAGAACCUGUUUGUUUGGUGGAAAAUGUGAAUGGUUCUCUGAGAGCAAAUGAUAAAGCCAUUCAGUACCUGUCCAGGAAUAACCAGCCGGUGGUGGUGGUGUCUGUGGUGGGACUCUAUCGCACAGGCAAAUCAUACCUUAUGAACCGCUUGGCAGGACAGCAAUCUGGAUUUGCUCUGGGCAGCACCAUUGAGUCAAAGACGAAAGGUAUUUGGAUGUGGUGUGUUACACACCCUCGUAAAAAAGAGCUUACUUUGGUGCUCCUAGACACUGAGGGACUGGGGGACGUUGACAAGGGAGACUCUAAAAAUGAUGCCUGGAUCUUCUGUCUUGCUGUUCUUCUGAGCAGCACUUUGGUCUACAAUAGUCGUGGAACCAUCGAUAACACAGCAGUGGAAAAACUACACUAUGUCACUGAGCUUGCAGAGCAGAUUAAAAUCAAAUCACCAGCAUCCGAGACAGAGUUUGAGGAGGAGGAAGAAGAGGACUCUCAGUUUGUGAGUUUUUUUCCUAACUUUAUCUGGACGGUGCGUGAUUUUUCUCUUGAGCUGGUGCUUGAGAAAAGAGGUGAAGUGACAGAGGAUGAGUACCUGGAUUUUGCCUUGCAGCUGAAGAAAGGUUUCAGUAAGAAGGACACCAAUUAUAAUCUUCCUCGGCAGUGUAUUCGAAACUAUUUUCCAACCCGGAAGUGCUUUGUUUUCCCGUUUCCUGCAUCCCAGGAGAAAAUGGCUCAGCUUGAGAGUUUGGAUGAGAGUGACAUUUAUCCCAAAUUUAUGAAUGUUACACAGUGUUUUUGUGACUAUGUUUUUGCUGCAAGCAAAGUUAAAACAGUCAAAGGAGGACACAAAGUCACAGGGAGGAUGUUUGGUCACCUUGUGCAGUCAUAUGUGGAGAUGAUCACUAGUGGGAAAGUCCCUUGUCUGGAGAAUGCUGUGGUGUUAAUGGCAAAGAUAGAAAAUGAGGCAGCUGUGCAGGAAGGGAUCAAGCUGUACCAGACUGGGAUGGAACAGGUAAAGAACUUGUUUCCCCUCACUGGGAAUGCACUUUUUGUUGAACAUCAGAAGCUCAGCAACAUGGCCAACACUGAGUUUAUAAAACGCUCCUUUAAGGAUGAUGAAGGGAAAUACUUCAAGAAACUGAUGGUUUGUUUUGAGGCAGUAGAAAAGCACUAUGCUGAGCUACUUUGUCAGAACAUAGACGCAUCAGAAGAGAAGUGCCAGAAGAUUCUGUUUGAUCUUUAUGAGGAUAUGAAUCAGUGUGUGCAACAGGGGGAGUAUGCAAAACCUGGAGGAUACAAUCUUUAUUGCAAACACAGAGACAACCUCUUUGCUGAGUACCACAGGCUGCCCGAUAAGGGGAUGCAGGCUGAGGUGGUGUUGGAGAAUUUUCUGAGUGGAAAAAGUCAGGAAGCAACAUUAAUUCUCCAGACUGAUGAACAAUUGACUGAAAGUGAGAAAAUUAUUCAAGAGGAAAAAGAGCAAGCAGCUCUGUUAGAGCAGAAGUAUAAAGUGGAACAGGAGAAAAAGAAGGAGGUGGAACAACUGAUGCAAGAUCAUGAACAGCACUAUAAGCAAAUAGUACAACAGCUGGAGAGGAAGUUUGAGGAGGAGAAGAUGCAACAGCAGCAGGAAAUAGACCAAGCACUGGAGAGCAAACUGAAAGAACAGGAGGAACUUGCACAGAGAAAGUAUGAAGAUAAAGUCCAGCUGAUGGAGCUGGAGAUUGAGCACCUUAAAAAAGAAAAGGAAACACAGUCUAGUGAUAUUUUUAAGGAUUAUGUCAUGCCUCUUGUAGACACUGCCACAGGUGUGUUUUCUACAGUCCUCCAGUAUAAACUAAAGAAAAGCAUCUAUAAGAAUUCAAAGACCUCAACCCAGAUUCCACCACAAGCUGAAUCAAAAUGAAGUCAUCCAAAAAAUGUUUUAAAUAUCUCAAACGUAAUUAUGGAGUUAGUUUGGAAUUUAAUCAUCUCAAUAUACUUUGUCUUUUUGGUACUGUUUUGUGAGAUUGUUUGCACAUCUCCUUAUUCUUGCCUUUACGCCUUUGCCUAAAGAGUUAUACUGCUUGUUUAUUAAAGACUGGAUUUUACCGCA